AUGGACGUGUGUGCUAUCAAUGGGUUAUUUGCCCGUUCUUUCACAAAUAACGUGGAGAGUACAGCCAAGAGUUUUAAGUCGUGGAACACAUGUAUGGAUAACAAAGCUUGCAAAAUCAUCGCAAUUGUCGGGAUCGUACUGGCUGCGAUCACCGCUAUAUGGUUAAUCGGAGCUCUCCUGACGUGUUUCCGUCAAGGUGUUACCGGUAUAGGUGGUUUCGUCUGCUGGUGUUGUAAUUGUGGUCAGAAAAGCGCAAGAGCACCCACUAAUGAUGGGUAUGGUAAAGUCAAUCCUACACCUGCCACAGUGGUUUAUCAACCUAUUCAGAGACCCGAAUCUGCAUACUAUCGUCAUAGAGACGACUCAUUUUACGAUGAAAGGAAGAAUUCAAAAGAAGUUUUCGAACUUGAACAGGACUUUGAUUUGGAAAAGCAGCGUGAUAAGUCCAAGAAAAAGAGACUGCCGGCAGUUACCCAUGAUGGCGAUGACGACCUCUCAGUGUACCAACCUUCGAACAAUUUGGCUCCAUCAAACCCAUGGCACUCUUUCAAUCCGCAAAACAGCAACGCGUAUCAAAGUCCUUACCCAGCAGAAGAUAACGCUCCAUAUCAGGCUCACAACUACUACCAUGGUGGGUACCGUAACUAG